UGAUCUAAUUGUGAUUAAGACGAGUGGCAUCUCGAGCGAACCGUACAUGCUUCCACUUGCGGGAAUAUGGUUAGCAUCGUUUGCCAAUAAUGUUUUCGUCUGAUGGUGCAAGUGGCUAACUUCAUGGGGCGGGGACUCCCUGUGCGGCGGUAAAUGUGGACCUGGUUUCGGGGUUUCCUCCAAUCGCAGCGUAUAUUCAUGGCGUAUCCGAUACGACUAUACGGCACGAUACGUAACAGGGCUCUCCCAACAAAUUGUACAUGUGACCUCUUUUCAAUAAUUAUCAAUUGCAAUGCUCAGACUUUGAAGGCAAAGCCCUUCGACCGAUAUGUAAAUGCGCAGUGGCAUUGUUGUCAAUCGUGGCUAAGCUGGGUUGGGAGAACCAGGCUUACGUCUAAUUACGUUGGUCAUACAUCUACUUUGUAUGUAUGUGAUCACUAGUGUAAAAGAGAUGCGGAUUCAACUCUAAGCUCUUAUAGAAAGCUUCGAGAUACGUAAAAAACCAAUAAGUAAGAGGUUAGAGGUCGAACUUCGUCUGACACUGUCACACGGCGAGAUGAUAGACUGGACA